AUGGAUCGUAUUAGCGGUCUACCUGACGAGGUUCUUUGCCAUAUAUUGUCCUUCCUUCCGACAAAGCUUGCUGCUUUGACAUCUGUUCUGUCAACGAAGUGGCGCAAUCUUCUUGUGUUUGUCCCUAAUCUUGACAUCACUUGUCAUACUAAGAUCGUGCCAGUAGAUAGCAUUUAUUAUGGUAUUCCUAAGGAGAUUAUGUAUGGAACUAUGCUGAGCUUCAGGGGUUUUAUAGAUAGGGUAUUGGCUUUGCAGGGUGAUUCUUCCAUUAAGAAAGUCUCCCUCAACUGUAUAAACUAUGUUCAUCCAGAUCAUUUGGACCGUUGGAUAUGUAACGUGCUGCGUCGUGGUGUUUCAGAACUUGAAACUGCCAUCUAUGAUCAAGAUGGUGAUGAUGAUUUUAAUUAUCUUCUGCCUCAGGAGAUGUUCGUCAGUAGAACACUAGUCAAGUUGAAAUUAGGCAACUUUGAAUGGUGGCCUGGAGCUAAAGGAACUUUUUUACCAAAGCUUAAAACUCUAGUUGUUAACUUUUGGGAUUGUUCGGAUAAGCUUGAGAAGAUUCAUCCUGCUUUCCCUGUGCUUGAGGAAUUAUACAUAGAAAGCAUUACGUGGAAAGAUUCGGGUGACUCAGUGUCAAGUGCAAGCCUCAAGAGGCUCACUAUCCAUGCCAAUGGUUGUCAAAGCAUGGUAGCACAUAUUACAACGAGCAUGAGCAUUUCUUUUGAUACUCCAAGUGUGCUCUACCUUGAGUAUUCUGAUGAAGUUGCGAGCUACUAUCCGAAAGUUAACUUGCCAAAUUUAGUUGACGCAGUACUCGACCUUAAUAUACGUGAUUUUGAAUAUAUGAAGCUAGACAGAGAGCGAUAUGAUGAUGGGUUAAGGAACUAUGUUGUUCUGAGAUGUGGAAAUUUGUGUAAGCUCAUGACCGGCAUAGGAAAUGUGAAGACACUUACGUUUUCUUCUAACACUCUCGAGUUGUUUUUUAUAUGCUUUGAAUCGAUGCCAGCGUUCAACAACCUCAAAAUGUUACGAAUUAGUGGGAGUGUCCACCCAGUGGGAUGGCAAGCAAUGCCGGUUUUCUUACAGAACUGUCCACAUUUAGACACUGUACAAAUGGAGUAUCUCUGUGCUUGGGACUGCAUUUCCCUGGAAGAGAAAGGUGGUUGGCUCAUAUCUUGUCCAGAGAUGACGUUAUUUGCCGGAAGGGAUUAUCCUACAGAUAUCUUUGAUCUUGUUGUGAAGAUGGUGAAUCUAUGCAAUGGGAGUUACCGAGCUGUGGUGAAAAACGCUUCCUGGUGUGUGAUUCGCCCGAUAUAUGAAGUAGACUCGUAG